CUGAACACGUGACUGAAGGCGGAAGUUGUGUAUUUUGAACAAUCUUGACCUCAGAGGCGUGAGAAAGGCGUGCAGCGGUGUAGUUUCCUUUUAUUGUGAGGAAGGUACAUUGCAUGCGUCGCUUGUUAUGGAUCCUAAUCUGCUGCAGUGGAGACACCGAGACCAGUCUUUCCUCAGCCGGGUGAAGACCUGGUUUGAUCUGCUGGAUCCAUCCCUGCUGCUCUCCUCUAAGGCUGAAAUACUCAAGGCUCAUGAUGUUGUUGGAGGCGGAGAGAAGCUGAAUGAAAAGGGCGAGGCUGCAGUGACCCUCUCCCUUUCUUCUUUCCACCCUGAUUCUGGUGCUGCUCUUCCUCUUAUUUUCCGUCCUCCAGCGUUUUUUCCGGUAUCAGGACCUUUGGUGGUGGCGAGCUUCCUGCCUCACAGCGGAGUCAAGACGGCUCUGUUUUGGCAGUUUUUGCUCCAGAGUUACAACGCUGGGUUCAGCCACGUGAACAGGAACACCUCGGCAGAGAAGGUGAAGGCGACGUCUUUAAAGCAUCUCCUGCUCAUCGCCAGCGCCGUCUCCUACACCACAGUGGCCGGGGCCCUUCCUCAGAUCUUUAUCAACAGACUGCGCGUGCGGAGCCCGCCGCUGCAGAUGUUCUGCAGGUCAAUACUGCCCAUCCCACUGUCAGCUGCUCUGGCCUUCCUCAGCGUGUUCACGGUCAGAAACGAGGAGACGGAAACCGGGAUCCAGGUGUUCGAUUCCGACGGAAACCUGGUUGGUGUCUCCAGAGCGGCCGGAGAAAAGGCGGUGUGGGACACGGCGCUGUCCAGAGCGGCGCUGUUUGGGACGACCGCUGCCGUUCCUAACCUGCUGAUUCUGCUCCUGCAAAGAACAAGGUUUUUCCAGAGGAACUCUCUGCUGGUGGCUCCGUGCCGCCACAUCAGCGCCGCCUUUGUCCUCUGCUUGAUGAUCCCCGUCUCGUUCAGCCUCUUCUCACAAGUGGGAACGAUAAAACGGGAGAGCGCGGGGCAGGAGCUGCUGGCCGGAGCGCCCGGCGAGGAGCUGUACUACCACAGAGGCCUCUGAGGAGCGGCCGGACGCCGUCGCUUCACACCGAGCAUCAAACAGCCGCAAACGUCUCCAAUCAAAUGAAAAGUUUAUUUAUUAAAUCAAGUCAUUUUGAUAUCAACUUUA